UUAUCUGYCAUMAAAUGGAGUCAUUCUUGGAMGAUCUUAAGAACCAGGUCCAGUGUUUGCUAUGCAAUGAGACGAUGUACGAACCCAAGUUGUUACAGUGCUUCCAUACAUUUUGUAAGACUUGUAUCAAGUCAAAUACACAACUCGAUGAACAAGUCAACGUCUUCAAGUGUCCCCAGUGCACCUCACAAACCGUGCUUGAACAACUCGAAGACGUAGAAGACUUGCAAACCAGCCCGAUACACUCAAGAAUCCUGAAAGUCUUGUCGCUUGUAGAGAACCAGAAGGUUUGUUCGRUUGARGCGAGUCAYUGUGAAGCAUUAUGGCGAUGUCUAGACUGUGAUUGCUCGUUGUGUGACGAGUGUCUUGGUCUGCAUGCUAAAUUUGCCAAGAAUCAUAAAGUUGUUUCAUUGUCCAGCAUGACUAAGGAAGACAUUGAAACAAUGAUGAAAAGAGAAGAGUCAUGUAAAACACACACUAAUCAAGAUGUUAUGWWGUAUUGUCGAGACUGCGAUGCACUUAUCUGUUUGCUUUGCUUGAAAGAACAARCACACGACAAACAUGACUUAUCAUCACUGCAGGAAUUCGUUACCAUUGAGAAAGAAGGUCUGAUAAAAAACCUUGAAGAAAUCGAGAGAGUGACUACCAACGAAGAAGAAARAAAACAGCAMGAMGAAAUCGCCGUUGACAUCCGAGAUUAUGGACAAAAGGCUAAAGAACAUGUCAAGAAAGUAACAAAGAACUUGKUGAAAACACUGCUUGAMCAAGAAAAACAACUUUUAGCGGAGAUCCAGCAAUCCAUAACGAAARCUGAAAGRAACUUACGAAUAUUACAUCACACCUCWGCAGCGCAAGAAUACGUMCAAUACUUYGCUGGAAAUGGAACAGCAAGUGAAAUGAUGGAAAAUCGAAAUAAAAAUUGCUCUCAAAAGUUCACUUAUGAACCGUUYCAGCAGGACGUGGKUGGGAUUCAUUUCAAACCCAAUGAAGARCUUUACAAUCAAGUGAAGACUGGUUURGGACAAGUAACGUUAUUCAAAAAGSCUGYAGAUGCMAAGUCAUGUWCAUUGAAAGUKGAACCCAAUGUAGAGGCCAUGAAAACAACAMAGCUGACGGURGUAAUGAAAACUUCAGAAGGAAAAGCGGYCAACGAAUCUCURGACAAUGUAAACAUACAGGUGACCCCUGAAGAUGAUGUAGAGAUUGGUGAGAAACGGAUSGAGGUUGACGGUGAGGCAACAUUGGACGUAACUUUUCGUGUUCCUGGUCAAGUUACUGCACACGUAGAAGUACGUGGAAAUCCUGUAUCUAACAGUCCACUUGUUAUGAACAUUGAACCACAAAACAUACCAAUAAAAGACAUAAAGCUAGYAAAGGAUUUGAAUAUAGGCUCAAAMWGSUAUGGUGGUAUAGCAGUAAAUACAACAAAUGAUAGAAUUGCUGUAGCAGAUYSSUYUUCACACUGCRUUAGAGUCUUYAACAUGGAGGGAGAUUUGCUGCUGAAAUUUGGUAGCMRAGGAARCGGCCAGAAACAAUAUAAUUMUCCACAKGGUYUAGCAUUUCUUARUGAAACUGAUKUAGUMAUAGSUGAUUWWGGAAACMAMAGAAUAUGCAUUCUGGACACAGUUAAAGGGGAAACGAUUAAAACGUUUGGUUGUCRUGGUAGUGGGGAUGGGCAGUUCAGUCGUCCUUUUGGAGUAUGUGUUGRUGAUGCYUCUAACAUCUUUGUAUGUGACYWURGUAAUCAUCGUAUACWGGUGUUCACUAAGGAUG